AUGUUUAACGCUCUGUUGCUGUUCUGCUGCAGGUGGGCUCUCAUUCACUUGUCUGCCAUCACCCCGCUGCUGCAUCAUAUCUGGCGCCAUGCAAUAUCCAAUGCUCUGGAGAUAGACAGAUUGGAGCGUUCACCUAGGAGAUGUGUCCGGCACUUGGAAUCCUGUUUCGGCCAUACUCUGCCUUGCUGUGAUCCAUGUGCUAUUUGCUACUGCAGAUUUUUUAAUGCCAUUUGUUACUGCAGGAAAAUUGGCAACAGCUGUCACCAGGGCAAGAGUUAG